AUGGCGCCGAUACCCAAGACGAUCGGCGAGUUCUCAGUACUCCCCCUGAGCAUACCACCAUUACCAUCCUAUCCGCACACCGUCACCCACCACCUCUACCUGCGACGCCACCAUCCCAAAAAUCCCACCCCCGACGACGAUCGCUGUCUGUUUGUGACCAAUGUGCCCGUCGACAGCACUGAGCCCCACUUCCGCGCCAUCAUAGCAGGCCUCAUAGGGGCCGGGCGGUUCGAGUCGGUACGGUUCGAGGCAGAGAACAAGGCCUCCGUCGCGUCCCUCGAGCCUGCGCAGGCCGCGCGACUGUCUGCCCUUGCCUCGAGAAAACGAAAGCGGGGGGACGACUCCGCAGACUCAGAGGAGGAGGAGGAUGACGAGGAGGAAGAGGUUGCACGACUGCCUACGACAUGGACGCGACCGCUCCAGAAAAGUGGCAGCACCGCCGUCAUUGUCCUGGCAGAUGGGAAGAGUGUCGACCUCGUCCUUAAGGCGGUCACGAGAGCCCACAAGACCAAGAAGUUCCCCGUAUGGGGAGAAGGCGUGCAGGAGAAAGUCCCUCCCCUCGGAUCGCAUUGGCUCAGCACCCACAACAAGCUCGCCUACCCGCCCCAGGAGCUGCUGCAGCAGUCCGUCGACGCCUUCUUCACCCUGUACAACCGCAAGGAGAAGGAGGCCGCGGAGCUGGCCAAGAGGCUGCGCAACGAGCCUGACGAAGACGGGUUCGUCACGGUCACCAAGGGCAGCAGCCGCGCUGCGCCUGCAAGACUGGAUGAGGCUGAGGAGGCGCGGAGGAAGAUGUUGGAGAAGGAGCAGAGGAAGAAGGACGAGAUGGGCAACUUCUACAGGUUCCAGCUGCGCGAGAGGAAGAAGGCCGAGCAGGCCGAGCUGAUCAAGAAGUUUGAGGAGGAUCGGAAGAAGGUCCAGGCCAUGAGGCAGAAGCGGGGGAAGUUCAGACCUGAGACGUGA